AUGGAAGAAGGAAGCAGGAAGAAGGAAGCAGGAAGAAGGAAGCAGGAAGAAGGAAGCAGGAAGAAGGAAGCAGGAAGAAGGAAGCAGGAAGAAGGAAGCAGGAAGAAGGAAGCAGGAAGAAGGAAGCAGGAAGCAGGAAGCAGGAAGCAGGAAGAAGGAAGCAGGAAGAAGGAAGCAGGAAGAAGGAAGCAGGAAGAAGGAAGCAGGAAGAAGGAAGCAGGAAGAAGGAAGCAGGAAGAAGGAAGCAGGAAGAAGGAAGCAGGAAGAAGGAAGCAGGAAGAAGGAAGCAGGAAGAAGGAAGCAGGAAGAAGGAAGCAGGAAGAAGGAAGCAGGAAGAAGGAAGCAGGAAGAAGGAAGCAGGAAGAAGGAAGCAGGAAGAAGGAAGCAGGAAGAAGGAAGCAGGAAGAAGGAAGCAGGAAGAAGGAAGCAGGAAGAAGGAAGCAGGAAGAAGGAAGCAGGAAGAAGGAAGCAGGAAGAAGGAAGCAGGAAGAAGGAAGCAGGAAGAAGGAAGCAGGAAGAAGGAAGCAGGAAGAAGGAAGCAGGAAGAAGGAAGCAGGAAGAAGGAAGCAGGAAGCAGGAAGCAGGAAGCAGGAAGCAGGAAGCAGGAAGCAGGAAGCAGGAAGCAGGAAGCAGGAAGCAGGAAGCAGGAAGCAGGAAGCAGGAAGCAGGAAGCAGGAAGCAGGAAGAAGGAAGCAGGAAGAAGGAAGCAGGAAGAAGGAAGCAGGAAGAAGGAAGCAGGAAGAAGGAAGCAGGAAGAAGGAAGCAGAAGAAGGAAGCAGAAGAAGGAAGCAGGAAGAAGGAAGCAGGAAGAAGGAAGCAGGAAGAAGGAAGCAGGAAGAAGGAAGCAGGAAGAAGGAAGCAGGAAGAAAGGAAGCAGGAAGAAGGAAGCAGGAAGAAGGAAGCAGGAAGAAGGAAGCAGGAAGAAGGAAGCAGGAAGAAGGAAGCAGGAAGAAGGAAGCAGGAAGAAGGAAGCAGGAAGAAGGAAGCAGGAAGAAGGAAGCAGGAAGAAGGAAGCAGGAAGAAGGAAGCAGGAAGAAGGAAGCAGGAAGAAGGAAGCAGGAAGAAGGAAGCAGGAAGAAGGAAGCAGGAAGAAGGAAGCAGGAAGAAGGAAGCAGGAAGAAGGAAGCAGGAAGAAGGAAGCAGGAAGAAGGAAGCAGGAAGAAGGAAGCAGGAAGAAGGAAGCAGGAAGCAGGAAGAAGGAAGAAGGAAGAAGAAAGAAGGAAGAAGGAAGGAAGAAGGAAGAAGGAAGAAGGAAGAAGGAAGAAGGAAGAAGGAAGAAGGAAGAAGGAAGAAGGAAGAAGGAAGAAGGAAGGAAGAAGGAAGAAGAAGAAGGAAGAAGGAAGAAGAAGAAGGAAGAAGGAAGAAGAAGAAGGAAGAGGAAGAAGAAGAAGAAGAAGGAAGAAGAAGAAGAAGGAAGAAGGAAGAAGGAAGAAGGAAGAAGGGAGAAGGAAGAAGGAAGAAGGAAGAAGGAAGAAGGAAGAAGGAAGAAGGAAGAAGGAAGAAGGAAGAAGGAAGAAGGAGAACGACAACGACAACGACAACGACAACGACAACGACAACGACAACGACAACGACAACGACAACCUCAACAACAACCUCAACAACAACCUCAACAACAACCUCAACAACAACCUCAACAACAACCUCAACAACAACCUCAACAACAACAACAAAAACACCAACAGCAACACAAAAAUUACCAACAGAAAAAGAAAAAGAAGAAUGCCAGUAACCAACACAGAAAAGAAAAACACAACAAAAAGCGAAACCAACAAAAAGGAAAACAAAAUAACACAAAAAUUACAAGAAGGAAAGAAAACAACGCAGUGA